UUUAUUUCUAUUUCUUUUUUAACAUGAGUUAUAUUACUAUUAUAAUGAACUCAAUACGUUUAAUUAAAUUCCAAUAUUUACAGUUCCGGUGCCUGGGUAUGUUUCGACGAAUUCAAUCGAAUCGAUAUCGAGGUUCUGUCCGUUGUAGCGCAGCAAAUCAUGACCAUUCAAAAGGCUCAACAAAUAGUAGCGAGUGUGAUCAUUACGAUUUUGGUAUGCGUGCAAUAAAAACUGUUAUUGUGGUCGCUGGCAAUUUGAGAAGAGAACAAAAGGAUCUUCAGGAAGACCAAAUCUGCCUUCUUGCCUUGAGAGACGUAAAUGUUCCAAUGUUUUUGAAAGACGACUUAAAAUUGUUUAACAGCAUUGUGUCGGAUCUCUUUCCAGGGUUCAUCGAAAAACCAGUGGAUUAUGGAAUUCUAGAAACGGGCAUUCGUAAAUCUAUCAGACAGAUGGGGUUAGAAGACGUCAACGACUUCGUGAAGAAGAUUAUUCAGUUAUACGACACCAUGUUGGUGCGUAACGGAUUAAUGCUGGUGGGUUCGACCGGUUCUGGAAAAACUAAGUGUUACGAAAUCUUAAAACAUGCAUGCAUGAGCUUAAAAAGUCAAUUACAACCGGACGGCAAGCCAUUCACUGCAGUCAUCACAUAUGUAUUGAAUCCAAAGGCGGUAACAAUGGGCCAAUUGUAUGGCGAAUAUGAUCCUAACACACACGAAUGGACAGACGGCAUAUUGCCAACUUUAAUACGGACAGAUAUAUCAGCAGCGGAUUGUGAUAAACGUUGGUACGUUUGUGAUGGCCCGAUGGAUGCGGUUUGGGUCGAGAACAUGAACACCAUUCUGGACGAUAAUAAAAAGCUUUGCCUCACGUCAGGAGAGAUAAUGAAACUGUUACCGACUCAAACCAUAAUGUUCGAAGUAGUAGAUCUUCGAGUAGCCUCCCCGGCCACAGUUUCUAGAUGCGGUAUGGUGUAUUUGGAACCGGAAAAUUUAGGUCUACAACCUCUGAUCGAUUGUUGGAUACGAUCACUGCCAACGACGAUGAGCGAUUACAUCGAGGAAAUAACGGAGUUGACAACUCAAUUAGUACUUCCUGGUUUGAAGAUUGUACGUGAGAGUUUACGAGAGAUUGUGGGCACCGUAGAUUUCGCUCUCAUUCAAUCCUAUAUAAAUCUAAUGAACUUCAGAAUCAGAUCAAUAGCGGAACGUGAAGGAAAAGCACCACUAAGUUUUAAUUUUCACAGAAUCAUACAGGAUUUGCUAUCGUCGUGGGCAGCUUUUGCCACCGUUUGGGGAUUGGGUGCUACAUGCGAUUACAAAAGUCGCUGUAUAUUUAGCGAUUGGUUGAAAAAAGUGCAAAAAAAUGCUCAACAUAAAACUCCGUUUCCAGAGGAUGGGCUUGUGUUUGAUUAUAGGUUACAUGAUGGUGGAUUUACUGAUCCCAUCGACGGUCAAGAGCCAACACCGCCAAAGUGGUACAAGUGGUUAGAUAAUAUUCCACCCAUCAGGAUAAUGCCGGACACAAAAUAUGCGGAUAUCGAAGUACCAACUAUGGAUAACGUACGAAGCGCGGCAUUAAUCGGGUAUCUUCUCGUUAACGAGACGAAUGUAUUGUGCGUGGGACCAACCGGAAGCGGCAAAACCCUUACAAUAUCGGCAAAACUAUCCCGUAACAUGCCAAAGAAAUAUAUUUGCGAUUUCAUAACGUUCUCGGCACGAACAACGGCGAAUCAGACACAGGAUUUAAUUGAUGUAAAAUUAGAGAAGCGGCGUAAAGGUAUCUACGGCCCGCCAAUCCUGAGAAAGCAGAUCUUCUUCAUCGAUGAUCUAAAUAUGCCCGCACCGGAUCCAUAUGGCGCCCAACCGCCUAUUGAGUUAAUUCGCCAAUUUAUGGAUUUUAACGGAUGGUAUGACAGAAAGGAGAUCGGAUCCUUCAAGCUGAUCCAAGAUGUGAAUUUUGUCACAGCUAUGGGACCUCCCGGAGGUGGAAAGAACCCAAUAACUGUCAGACUUUUACGACAUUUCCAUAUUAUUGCGUUUCCAGAGAUGGAGAAUGACGCUAAAUUACUUAUCUUCAGAACAAUCCUGAACUCAUGGAUCUUAAACACACCAGGACUUGCAAAUAUGUUGGACGAUAUAGUGUACGCUACUUUGAAAAUAUUUGCAAUUACAUGCAACGAAAUGUUACCGAUUCCAAAAAAAUCCCAUUACACGUUCAAUCUUCGCGAUUUGAGUAAAGUGUUUCAAAGCAUUCUCAUGGCAAACGCGAAAAAGAUACUGAUGGAAAAAAUUUUGCUGGAAUAUUUAGAUGAUUAUAAUAAUGCAACAACAUCGCCGAUGCAAUUAGUACUUUUUGAAGACGCAAUAAGUCACAUUUGCAGAAUAUUGCGUAUUCUGCGGCAACCCAGAGGAAACGCUUUACUACUAGGAAUGGCUGGUUCAGGACGUCAGAGCUUGACGAAGUUUUCAUCGCACAUCCAGGAAUACUACUGUUUUCAGAUUGGAAUUAGUAAAACCUAUACGAUUCACGAUUGGCGAAAUGACAUCAAAAAUGCAAUGUUAAAAGCAGGAUUGCGGAAUCAACCUAUCGUCUUUUUGUUUUCCGAUACACAGAUAAAGAAUGACUGUAUGCUGGAGGACUUAAACACCAUCCUGAAUAGCGGUGAUGUUCCGAACAUAUAUCAAGUAGAUGAAGUAGACAAAAUAUAUCAAGCAAUGCGAGCGCCACUACAAGAGGCUGGGCUGCAGAUUAAUAGAAACAAUCUUUUCUCCACUUAUUUGAGAAUAGUCAGAAACAACUUGCACACUGUUAUCACAAUGAGUCCUAUCGGAGAUGUAUUUCGUGCCCGCAUCAGACAAUUCCCGGCCUUAGUAAACUGCUGUGUGAUUGAUUGGUUUGGUUCUUGGCCAGAUGCCGCGCUACAGAGCGUAGCUACGCAUGUUCUGUCUGGUAUUAAAAACGAGUCGAUCACGGACGAAACUUUGCGAUCUAUUGUAAAGAUAUGCCAAUAUAUGCACUCCAGUGUGAUCGAUGCCAGCGAUCGCUUUUUAAAAGAAUUGGGACGUCACAAUUACGUUACUCCCACGUCGUACUUGGAGCUGUUGUCUACCUAUGGUGAUCUCCUGAAAAAGAAAAAAAACGAGUUACAUUCUGCAAUGAUUCGCUUGUCUACGGGGUUAAGCAAACUGGCGCGCACAGAGACAGAAAUUAAGGACAUGCAGGAGAUUUUGAAACGUAUGAAGCCUGAAUUGGAAAUAGCAGCAGAAGCUAUGGCGAACAUGAUAGAAGAAAUUAAUCGAGAUAUGAUUCAGGCGAAAAAGGCUGAAGUCACAGCCAUGGAACAAGAAGCGGCAGUAUCCAAGAUGAAAGAGGAAAAUAAAGCGAUCAGGGAUGAGGCAGAAGCCGAUUUAAGUGAAGUGAAAUCAAUGCUCGAAGCUGCCAAAGCUAGUCUAAAGGCGCUGAAUAAGAACGAUAUUGCGGAGGUAAAAGCGAUGAAAAGACCGCCAGUGGGCGUACUUUUAGUGAUCGAAGCGAUAUGCAUCGUGAACGACGUGGAGCCAUACAAGCUGCCUGGAAAAUUGCCUGGUGAAAAGAGAUUAGAUUACUGGACUCCUGGGAGUCAAAUGCUGGAAGAUCCUAUCCAUUUCUUGUACACAAUGGAGAAUUUCAAAACAGAAGAUAUCACGGAAGAUAUGAUCAAUAAACUAGAAGAUUAUAUAGAAAAUCCCAACUUUCAACCAGCCAAGGUACUUCAAGUUUCGAAAGCUUGCUACUCUUUAUGCUUGUGGGUGCAUGCAAUGUACAACUAUUACUUCGUGAAUAAGAAAGUCGCGCUCCAGAUGGCAGCUUUGACGAAAGCUGAAGAAAUCCUAGCAGAAACAGAAAAAACAUUGGCAGCUGCUAUGGCGAGACUGCGGGAAAUAGAGGAGAGCAUCGAAAAGUUGCAACAACAGUUGACGGAACAGGAAGAAAAAAAGGCUGAACUAGAAAGACAGAAGCAUCUUUGCGAGGAACGAAUAGCGCGAGCCGUAAAACUAAUCGUGGGAUUGUCGGACGAAAAAGAACGAUGGAUUGUUAUGGUGGAUGAUAUAAAAGUGUCUUUAAAAAAUGCUGUUGGUGAUAUCCUUUUAUCGUCAGGUGCAAUAGCGUACUUGACGCCCUUCACGGAUACAUAUCGUCAAGAUCUUUUCACAUCCUGGUAUGAUGCUCUCGGUGAGGAAGUGCCUCAUACUCCGGGUUGCAGGCCAGUAUUGACCCUCGGCAAUCAGGUGGAACUAAGAAACUGGCAGAUCGAUGGUUUGCCCAGGGACUCUCUGUCCAUCGAAAACGCGGUUCUCGUGAUGAAUUCCAAGCGAUGGCCUCUCUUCAUUGAUCCCCAGGCACAGGCGAACAAAUGGAUACGCAAUAUGUGUAAACCAAUCGGUCUUUCUAUCGUAAAAAUGACGGACAAAGAACUUUUAAGCGUCAUUGAAGCUUGCGUGCGAUUCGGAAAGUCUUGCUUAAUCGAAAACGUUGGUACUGAAUUGGAAGCUGCCCUAGAUCCCAUUUUGACACGUUCGCUGUUCAAACAUGCUGAGCAAUCGUGUAUUAAAAUCGGCGAGAUUAUCGUGCCUUAUAACUUCGAUUUUCGUCUAUAUUUGACCACAAGAUUGUCCAAUCCCCAUUAUACACCGGAGAUAGCGGUAAAAGUGUUGAUAGUCAACUUUGCACUCACUGUUAGCGGUUUUGUGGACCAGAUGCUAUCUCUGGUUACAAUACAAGAGCGCCCUGAUCUCGAGCAGGCAAGGAAUGCGCUUAUUAUGUCGAGCGCGGAAAUGAAACAAGAUCUAGAGAAGAUCGAGGACAGAAUUCUUCACAGAUUCACGGUAUCCGAAGAGUCGACAGUCGAUGACAUUGACCUGAUUCUUAUCCUAGAAGCUUCUAAAGCUAAAAGCGAAGAAAUCAAGGCAAAGGUAAAAGUCGCCGAAACUACGCAAGCAGAUAUUGAUUUAACGAGGUCAUUAUACAUACCAGUAGCAAGUCGAGCACAAAUAUUAUUCUUUUGUAUCGCCGAUCUCCAGCGCAUCGAUACUAUGUACCAAUAUUCUUUAGAAUGGUUCAUCGUUAUAUUCAAUAACAGCAUAUUAAAUACCACAAAAGGGAAAGAGAAUAUCAAUGAAUUACGGAUUACGGAUAUCAACGAGAAUUUCACAUUCACACUGUUCUCAAAUGUAUGUCGCAGUUUGUUCGAGAAACACAAGCUCCUCUUUGGCUUUCUCGUUUGCGCACGUAUUCUCUUGAACGACGGCACAAUCGAUCCAAAAGAAUGGUCACACUUUCUUACGACAACCAUACCGAUACGGGAAUUGCCAAAUCCCGCACCGGAAUGGAUUACUGCACGAUGCUGGAAGGAACUUCAAGCUUUGGAAAACCUCCCAAAAUUCCAUAAAUUUACCUCAUAUUUUCAGCAAUCACUAACUCAAUUUAAAAAUGUAUUCGACACUCACGAAGCGCAUCUGGCAACAUUUCCCGAACCAUGGCAAAUAAAACUCAAUAAUUUUGAAAAACUGCUGGUGCUCAAGUGUUUACGGCCAGACAAGGUCAUCAAUGCGAUACAAAUUUAUCUAACUCAGAAUCUGGGUCAGCAAUUUGUUGAACCGCAAACAGCAGAAUUCUCAGUAAUUUAUAAGGAGGCCUCCAACAUUACACCGAUUGUCUUUAUCUUAUCACCCGGUACUGAUCCCGCCGUGGAACUAAACAAAUUCGCUGACAAGAUGGGUAAGAAAUUAUACUCGAUAUCUCUCGGCCAAGGCCAAGAACUCAGAGCGCAGCUGAUGCUGAAGCAAUCGGCGGAGAUUGGCAAUUGGGUCUUUUUCCAAAAUUGUCACUUAGUACCAAGUUGGAUGCCGAAAUUAGAAUCUCUCGUUGAAACAUUGUCACCCGAAAAUAUACAUCGGGAUUUCCAAUUAUGGCUGACAUCUGCAUCGUCAUCCGAUUUUCCCAUCAGUAUUCUUCAAAAUAGCAGUAAAAUGACGAUAGAAACACCGCGAGGUAUAAAGGCCAACAUGUUCCGCGCGUACUUAACACAAGUGACAGAGAUGCAAGAGUUUCUACAGUCGAACCCGAAAGCUCUGCCAUUCAAGCGGCUUGUAUAUUCGCUUUGUAUGUUCCAUUCAAUACUGCUCGAAAGGCGGAAAUUCGGUCCUUUGGGAUUCAAUGUAUCUUACGAAUUUACAAACGGGGAUUUAGCUAUAUGUAUGUCGCAGCUGUACAUGUAUCUCAUGGAAUACGAUAUUUUACCGUUUAAGGUUCUCAUAUAUACUGCUGGGCAUAUUAACUAUGGUGGACGAAUAACGGAUGAUUGGGAUCGUCGAUGUGUUCUGACACUUCUCCAAGAUUACUAUAAUGCUAAUGUUGUUUCCCCAGACUAUCAAUUUGACCAACAAGGCAUCUACUAUCAGUUACCAGCUACAGCAUCAUUUAACAAUUACCUGGAUUACAUAAAGGGUUUUCCUUUAAACGACGACCCGUCGCUGUUUGGCAUGCAUUCAAACGCUGAUAUAAGCUGUGCGCAGGCGGAAACAUAUGCCUGUCUCGCAACUCUAUUAAGUUUAGAAACAAAAGAGAUCGGUGUUGCAGCUGUAAGUAUCGAGGAGGUGACAACUCAAAUAACCAACGACAUGCUGGCCACAAUACCUGAACAAUUCGAUUUAAUCGCGAUGCAAGAGAGGUACCCUGUAUUGUAUGAGGAAUUAUUUAAUACUGUAUUAUUACAAGAAGCCAAACGGUACAAUGGUUUACUCGAAAUCGUGCAAUCAACGCUGCGAGACCUUUUAAAAGCUUUGAAAGGCUUGGUCGUCAUGUCAAAGCAGUUCGAAUUGAUAGCUAACAGUCUUUUUAAUAAUAAAAUACCAGCGAAUUGGCAAAGCGAGAGUUACCCUUCGUUAAAACCGUUGGGUAAAAAAAUAGCCGCGUGGUACCUCGACUUAAAGGAAAGGAUUAAAUUUAUAAGCGAUUGGCAAGAUAACGGUAUACCGUCAGCAUUUUGGAUGUCAGGGUUCUACUGCCCCCGAGCCUUCCUAACAGGAACGUUACAAAACUUUGCGCGCAAACACGCAGUGUCCAUUGACACAAUCGAUUUUAGCUGCAAGGUUUUAUCUUCCAUACCAACACAAAAACCAACAGAUGGUUGUGUCGUUUACGGUCUUUUCUUGGAGGGCUGUCGGUGGGAUGGAAAAUAUCUAGCAGAAUCCUUACCAAAAGAAUUAUUCACUGAGAUGUCACCGAUACUCUUGCUACCAGAAAUCGAUCACGUAAUACCAUCGUAUGGAAUUUAUAUAUGCCCCGUAUACAAAACUAUUGAGCGUUCUGGAACUCUAACCACAACAGGACAUUCCACAAACUUCGUUCUAACAAUGGAAAUUCCUGCUGACAAGCCACAAUCGCAUUGGAUAAAAAGAGGAGCAGCCAUGAUAUGCGCCCUGGACUAUUAGCAUUCUUAUAUCGUUUUAUUAUGAUUGAUGAGAUGCAACAUUAAUAGUCUUAACUAUGUACGCUGCGAUAAUCAACAACUGCAAAUGUAUCUCUUCAUUGUGAAAUAGUGAAAUUUUAUUAAUAAAAAAUAAACCUUCAUAUUUUUA